UCAGCGGAGCCCAGUGCCAGAAGGACGCGCACGGCCGCUGUCCGCCGCCUACGGCCCCCGCCCCGGAGCCCAUGGAGGCGCCGGGACCCCGCGCCUUGCGGACUGCGCUCUGUGGUGGCUGUUGCUGCCUCCUACUGUGUGCCCAGCUGGCUGUGGCUGGGAAAGGAGCUCGAGGCUUUGGGCGCGGAGCCCUGAUCCGCCUGAACAUCUGGCCGGCGGUCCAAGGGGCCUGCAAACAGCUGGAGGUCUGUGAGCACUGCGUGGAGGGAGACAGAGCGCGCAAUCUCUCCGGCUGCGUGUGGGAGCAGUGCCGGCCAGAGGAGCCAGGACACUGUGUGGCUCAAGCUGAGGUGGUCAAGGAAGGUUGUUCCAUCUACAACCGCUCAGACGCAUGUCCAGCUGCUCAUCACCACCCCACCUAUGAACCGAAGACAGUCACAACAGGAAGCCCCCCAGUCCCUGAGGCCCACAGCCCUGGAUUUGACGGGGCCAGCUUUCUCGGAGGUGUCGUGCUGGUGUUGAGCCUACAGGCGGUGGCUUUCUUUGUGCUGCGCUUCCUCAAGGCCAAGGACAGCACCUACCAGACGCUAAUCUGACCCCCUUGGGCCUGCACUCCAUUCUGAGUGGAAAGGAGGAUGCAGAGGCUGGCCUCUUGGCCUCCUUAUGGGCAAGUGGGGGGCGGGGAUGGGUAAAACUCUGGCCACCAGUUUUUGGCUCCUGUCGGCACCAAGCAGGCUCAGUGUCUGAUGCCUGACAUCUCCUCGUGUCUUGGCCCUGGAACCUGCAGCUGAGAGCAUCCCUCAACCGCCUCGUCUCCUCCAUCGCCCCUGCUGGGCCCCCCAGCCUGGCACUGUGCCUGCUUCUUUCCACCAACUGGCCUGGGCACUGCCCCCAAAUAAAGGAACUCUGCACUGC